AUGGUAUACCCCAACAAGGAGUUAGGUAUACGCCCUCGAAAAGCGCCUAAGGACAUAUUUAGAAAGCAAAACUAUUGGACGCAAGGUCACCAAGACCCACCGCCGUGGUAUGUGUGGGACACGAAGAUACGUAUCAACAGGACAACCUUUGCCUUUGAAAUCCUGACGAGUUCGACCUGUUUUCAGGAAAGGCCGCCGGUAACAAAAAGUUCCCAAACAUCUGAAGAGGAAACCGAAGGUUUUUCGAACGAUCUCAGAACUUAUCUGCUUACCUCCACACUGCAUGGACUUCGAUACGUCGGAGAGCGGAAAUUGACUUGGUUUGAAAGGUUCUUUUGGCUAACAGCGUUUGGUUGCUCGCUAGUGAGUGCGGGGUGGUUCAUCCUAAACGUGUACGGGAAGUGGCGUUCCUCGCCUAUGAUCGUGAGCAUCAACCCUGAGAACAUGCCGCUGAGUAGCCUGCCAUUCCCGGCUCUCACGAUAUGCAACAAUAAUCAAGCUAAGAAGUCUGUUGCUGAACGGUACUGGGAUGCAGGGGAUCCCGUAGACAAAAAGCUGUUACUAAGUUUAUGCUCUACAAAGGAGGACUCGGAGAUAUUUGAGGACGAUUUAGCGGGGAACGCCGAUUGGGACCAUACUCGAUCUUUUCUAAUAAAUGUGACACAACCAUGCAACGAAAUGCUAGCGAGCUGCAUAUGGGACUCCAUGGCGAUGAACUGCGAGGACCUAUUCAACGCACAGCUCACCGACGAAGGACUCUGCUGCACAUUUAAUGUGGUACACCGAAACAACUUAUUUCGAAAUCCGAGAUCAUUGAAUGACUUAAAUAUAACGUUUCCAUCACCAGCUGUUGACUGGACUCCUGAAAACGGUUACCCACCAGACGCUCCAUCGGAUGGAUUCCCUUGGAGACCGAAAGGAAUUGGCACUCAACACGGUCUCAGCCUGGUUUUGGACGCAAAUAUUGCAGAAUACUAUUGCUCUUCCACGAAAAGUGCUGGCUUCAAGAUUCUCCUCCAUAAUCCGACGGAAACGCCAAAAAUAAGGAACUUGGGUGAGAUAUAUGGGCCUGGUAUCGAGGCGCGAGUCGCGAUUAUACCAAGGAUACUGGAUGCCCAACCAUCUUUGCAAACGAUUGAUAUAAAGAAGAGGCUUUGUCUUUUUUCUAGCGAGAAAGACCUGGUAUUCUUCAGAACCUAUACAUUGAGGAACUGCGAAAUGGAAUGUGAAGCUCGGACCAUGCUAGAUACAUGCGAAUGCGUAUAUUAUUACAUGCCCAAAAACAAAUCAACACGCAUUUGCGGUAAACAAGAUGCCAGAUGUUAUUCGAAUUUGUCAAGAGUUUUGCCAGGAGGCCGCGAUCUUUCCUGCUCUGAGUGUCUGCCGGCGUGCACAGAAAUAGCAUAUCUGGAACGCCUGAGCACAGCGCCGCUGAAGAACCAACUGGUAGAACAGCUAGCCAAGAGCCUUGGCAACAAGACCCCUGAAUAUUUCACGGAGAACAUGCUCGUCGUACAUUUUUAUUUCGAGGAUAACACAUUUAUGAGGUUUACUAAAGGAGAAAUAUUUGGGCUCACUGAGUUUUUAUCAAACACAGGAGGUCUGCUAGGCCUCUGCAUGGGGUUCAGUAUGAUGAGCGCAGUGGAGCUCAUAUACUACCUAACGUUACGGGCACUGUGCUUAGCGCGCCGACGACGACCUAGGCAACCUUUUGUUAAAUAAACUAAUGAGAAAUUG